AUGCAGAUAACAAUUUCCUCACAAGUGUCCAGUGAGUUUAAUCCCCGUCACGAUGAUGAUGUGGCAGCAGGAGCUGUGUGUCAGGAGUGGUUCUGCGCCCGGGGUCCAGGUGGGAGCUCCUGGGGAGUAUGGGAUGAGCAAAGCCGGCCUCGUCAGGGGCUGCCUGGAGCGUUUCCCACCAUGAAUGGGUUCCCAAACUGCUCUGCCAACUACACCAAGAUCUGGAGUCAUUACCUGGUGCUGGCCCUGGGCAUCCCCCAGCUGACCAUCAACGUGGCCUCCAUCAUCUUCAACUGCACCGUCAUCUUCACCCGCCUGGCCACCAGGGACCUGCACAAGCCCAUCUCCAUCCUCUUCUGCAACCUGGCUGUCUCUGACCUCUUCACCAGCUUCUCCGGCUUCUGGAUCUCCAUGUUCUUCAUCACCAACCCCGACAUCACCAUCUUCGGCUCCCAGGACAUGCUGGCUCCCUACGCCCUCUACACCACGUCCAUCUUAUCCACCAUCUACAACCUGGUGAGCAUCGGCAUCGAGCGCUACCUGGCCGUGGCCGAGAGCAUGAGGACGAGGUUCAGGGUGGCCAGGAACCACUCCAUCGCCGUGGUCUUCAUCAGCUGGGUCCUGGCUUUCUUCCUGGGCUGCCUGCCACUGAUGGGCUGGAACUGCCUGCACGCAGACAGGAACAUCUCGGUGCUCUACAGCCCCUUCUGCGUCAACUACCUCGUCUUCAUCGCCAUGCCCAACGUGGCGCUGGCCUUCCUCGUGCCCCUGUUCACCUACCUGAGGAUCAUCAUCAUCCUGAGGAAGAGGAAGCUGAGGAUGCAGGCGUGCGGCCAAGCCACGGGCACCUACAAGUCGGCAGAGACGCAGGUGGCCAGGACCAGCAUCUCCAUCUGGCUGCUGGCGCUGGUGUCCUACGCGCCGUUCUUCGCCGGCGUCAUCUUCGACGCCGCCAACCAGCGCUGCCACACCGACCUCUACCCCGGGGUGUACAUCUUCAGGAACUGCACGGCCAUGCUGAUCACCAUCACCUGCCUGGGCAACCCCAUCCUCUACACCCUCAAGUUCAGGGCGCUGGGGGCCAAGCUGAAGGCGCUGCGCUGCCUCUCGGCCAACCGCGUACGGGCCUGCACCAUCGAGAACAUCUAA